AAGCGUUUUGCGUGCUCAUACACAUUCACAAUUGUCGUCGGCGUGUAGCACUUGGCAAAGUCCACAUUCAGGUCUUCCGACUUGAGCCGCUGAGUAAUUACCUCAUCCUCUAGAUCCGUGGCUUCCUCUUCCGAUCGGCGACACGCAUGAUUUGCACUAGAUGCCUGCUCGUUCUGUUGCAUUCAUGCACCUUUGCAUCUCGCGUGGCUGCACAUGGCCUACAGACGCAUGGGUAUGGCUAUGCGGGACGGACACACCACGACUGUCGUGUCGUUCCGCUCGGCUUCCGUCGCUUCAGCUCCAUUCUCCCCAUCGGGCUGAUGUAACAGCAGCACUCGCGCGGUCUAUCGUUCUAGAAGCCGAUGUGAACUUAUGGGGCUAAAGUAGAGAUGAUCGUUUGGCCUAAACCCGGAGCAGCUUCUUGGCAGGGGCC